GGAGAUAAACAAAGCGUUUUGUGGUUUUUCUGAUCAAUGUAAACAUCAGCAGUAUCAGAGGCCGUUCCACGUCAAAUGUUUUUUGAAAGCUGAGCUUGAUCAAGAUUUCACAGAACCCAUUUGCAUGUCCACAGAUAAUCUUCUGAUUGAUGAUGCUACAUCAACUUCUGCUGAGACAGAUGAAAGAAUUGCAGGUGGCCAGCUAACCUCGAACUUUGAGGAAAAGGGUAAUCGGUAUCUGGAACAUGAAGAUGAAAUUGGGGUUGUGACAGGGAAUUGGGGUUGUGGUGCUUUUGGUGGAGACCCUGAACUUAAGGCCACAAUUCAGUGGCUUGCUGCUUCGCAGGCAUCAAGACCUUUCAUAUCGUAUUACACUUUUGGCAUGGAGGCAUUGCGGACACUGGACCAGGUAACACAGUGGAUCACUUCCAAUGGAUGGACUGUUGGAGACCUUUGGAAUAUGUUGGUGGAGUACUCGUCUCAGAGAUUGAAUGGAGAAACUGAAGUGGGCUUCUUCAGUUGGCUCCUUCCAUCAUUACUGACCCAUGACGAAAUGAUAUUGAAAAGUUGA